AUGUACUUUUUCCCAGAGAGGCCUGGGGUUCGUUCUGGUUCUUGUCGGGGUGUCCCUGCUCUGCUCAGCGGCCCUGCCCACAGCUUCCUAGUGCAGGAGGUCACGCACCCACAGCCGGGCCCGGUGCCUCCUCCGCCCUCUGGGGAAGCCCGGGCCUGUACCCGAGGUAGGUCACCUGGAUCCCUUCCUUGUGAGCCCCCACCAGCAAGUUCAGCAAAGAGCCUUCCUGAACCUUCUGGGGACGGACUUUUCCAGAGCGAUCAGGGGGCCAGGGAGGCUUCCCGGGCUGGGGAAGCCCCAGCUGAUGGCUGGUUCCGGAGCAGCCUCCCCCAGCAGGGCAAGUCUGAGCUCAGGAGAGCAUCCCUGGUCCUGGUUGGAUGA